CACAGAUACAUUUCGAUGAUUGGCUUCCGGAUUAUAACGCUCUCCUCUAGAAUCACGUACAACGGUCACAUGACCGUGAUGUCAUUAAGGUCCCUGCAGAGAAGAGAAAUUAGCCUUUGCCAAAGCGGAAGUCACUGUGGAAGACAGAAUGUGGUUCCUCUUCCUCCUGUUGCCACUUUGGGCCGGAUGUGCUGAGCCAGGUGACAGUGAGUGGGUGCAUCUGCCUAGCAAGUGUGAAGUGUGUAAGUACGUGGCUUUGGAGCUGAAGUCUUCCUUCGAUGAGACCUCGCGCACCCGAGAGCUGAUUGAUACUCGCUAUGGUUUUUUGGAAGAUGAUAAGAAGAAAAAGAAGAUUAAAUAUACCACUUCGGAUAUCCGCCUGAUUGAAGUCACAGAGGGCCUUUGUUCACGACUUCUGGAAUACAAUCUACACAAGGAGCGUACUGGCAGCAACCGCUUUGCCAAGGGGAUGUCAGAGACAUUUCAAACUCUGCACCAUUUGGUCCAUAAAGGGGUGAAGGUUGUGAUGGAUAUUCCUUAUGAGCUCUGGAAUGAGACCUCUGCUGAAGUGGCAGAUAUGAAGAAGCAGUGUGAUGUAAUGAUGGAGAACUAUGAAGAAGUCAUUGAGGAUUGGUAUAGGAAUCACCAGGAUGAGGACCUUUCAGAAUUUCUCUGUGCGAGGCAUGUGCUAAAAGGCCAGGACCAGAGUUGCCUGAGUGAGCAGGGGGAUAGUAGAAAAGGUGACACAGGACCUUCUACCGGGACAAAAAAGCAGAAGAAACAAGGAGAGAAGAAAAAUAAAAGCAAGAAACAGAAUUCUGGCUCUAAGGAAGAGAAAAAACAGAUGGAUCAGCCAAUGGCAGCUAAAGAGGAGCUAUAGGACCAGGGCUAUUCCCUUCUUAUUCCAGAUUUGUACCAGAGUAACGGUUCAGCUUCAUCAUGUUCUCUGGUAAUGAGAGGGCAGCUCAGACUUGGUACAUUUGUAUCUGGAGAACAAUGGCCUUUCACUCUUAAAGGACUGGUUUGGCAGCACAAAAACAUCAUUUGGUUGGACUGUUACUGAAUACUGUUACACAGAGUGUAUAUUGGAGAGGUGGGAAUCCACCCACAGCUUGUAAUGGUGCCUCCCUAACCCACUCCACACAGAUUUUAACUGUCUUGUCUUUUUCUCUAUAGUUGUGGCCUCUACUACCCACCGCUUGUCAUCCUCCCUCAUGUCUCUGCCCUCUGUGCACAAGUCAGGUCUGGGCCUACAGCUCUCUCCCAGUCAUUCCCUAUCCCUGUCUCUUGUUUGCUUCCACUUUCAUCUAAAACCAGUGACUGGCAAUCUUCUGUGUUAGAGAUGUUUCAAAACUGCAUCUCCAAAUAUUCCUCCAGCAUUUUAAAUGCUCUUGCAGUAGUGUGACCUGCAGUUCUAUUGCAUCUUUGCUGUAUAGUGUUGCCUACACUAAAAUCAUAGUAAAAUCAUAGUAUCCUUUCUGUUUUCCUGCACUUCCUAAUUGCUCCUUCCUGCACAGGCACCCAGCUAUAUCUUCUCCUAACCCUAAUAUUCUCUAACCCUAAUAUUCUCUAACCCUAAUAUUUUCUGCUCUGCUACCUACUUCUCUUUCGUUGUUUUUUAGUCUCUCUCGCUAUCUUUCUUUCUUUCUUUCUCUAUCUCUCUCUCACUCUCUUGCCGCUAUCUCUCCCGUUAUCUCUCUUUCUAUCUCUCGAUAUCUCUCUCUCGCUAUGUCUAUAUCACUAUCUCUCUCGCUAUCGAUCUAUUUCUCUAUCUGUCUCUCUCUAGUUAUCUCUUUCUUUCUCUCUCUCUCUCACUCUCUUGCCGCUAUCUCUCCCGUUAUCUCUCUCUCUCUCUUGCUAUCUCUCUCGCUAACGCUCUCUUGCUAUCUCUCUCUUGCUAUAUCAAAAUCUCUCUCUCUAUUGAUCUAUUUCUCUCUUUCUUUCUCUCACUCUCUUGCCGCUAUCUCUCUCUCGCUAUCUCUCUCUCGCUAUCUCUCUCUCGCUAUCUCUCUCUCGCUAUCUCUCUCUCGCUAUCUUUCUCUCGCUAUGUCUAUAUCGCUAUCUCUCUCUCGAUAUCUUUCUCUCGCUACGUCUAUAUCGCUAUCUCUCUCGCUAUCUCUCUCUCUCAAUACUUCAGGAUGUCACAGUCCUAUACUCACUGGACAAAAGUGAACAUGAACUCAUAGGUGGCAAAACACUGGUAAAUACAUGGACUAAUCAGUAAUGAAAUGAUAGAGGACAGACAAGUAGAUAAAGAUGAGGGUAUAGACACUGCCAGCAUGUAAUGUUAUGGUACCAAACUAAAGUUACAAAAUCAGGUGAUAUAUUUAUUACAUAAUGGCUCAUGGCAGUUCUAUAUGGCCGGGUUACAUAACUCUCUGGUUUUCUCUGUAGUAGGAUCGCAGGUUCUGUGGGGCCAAUGCCUCUAGUGAAUAAACUAGACCACCGUGAGGUACUUAUUAUCUCAAAGGUCUAGAUUUGAGCUGCGGAUAUUGGCUAAUGUUUACGCAAAAUCCCUUUUCAAUGAAAAUGUUUACGGCAUCGCCCUUCAUUCAACUCCCUGGUUCCAUUUUAGACUUUCAGAAACCAGAGCGGAGCAGGUAGGUGGUGUAACCCAGUGGUUAACCCCAUCGGCAGUCCAAGCCUACACACAGCAAUGUUACAGGUAUAGAUACAGGAAAAUAUUCUGGUACAAGUUAUUCAGCCACCGUUCCAAAAAUACUUUAGCCUAUGUCUCACCCUAACUGGCUAUCAAGUUGGGCUGCAAGUCACAAAUCUAGCCCUAUGUACCGUUGUUCUUUUGGAUCUUCUGCCUAAAAUGUGUUUAUUUUUCAUGGUCAAUAAACUUUUAAAACAAA